CCACGUACCACUCUAUCGAGGAUUGUUUAUAUUCAGUCGAAGGCUGGUACAGUUGUAACGUUCGCGUUACCGAUGUAAGAUACAAGUGAAACUCAAGCCUGUUGUGCUAUCUGGAUCCUGGGCCCGAGAUACAGCAGACUUCAUCAUUUACUUCACAGUGUUGCAGGCUACAGAGAUCAGUAGCCAUAAAUCAUGAAAGGCAUUUUAAUCACACUCCUCGUAGCUGCGCUGGUGCAGACGCAGCAUGUUGAUGAGGAUAAACAAACUUUGAUCUUAGCUGGGCAAAUUCAUGAUCUCCAAAAUGCUAAUGUUGAAGCUGUCACUGUGCCUGACAGCGAUAAGAAAAACGGAACUAAGGUGAAAUUGAAGGAAUUUGAAGAUCAUGCAGAACUGAAAGUACUGACUGAAAAACCAGAAGAGUCAUCUACUCUAAUCACUCCUGUUCUAAAGCCUGCGAGUACAGAGGACGUCACUGCAACGAAUGAAGGCCAGGCUCAGACCACAACUACACAACCAGAGUCCUCAUCACAACCAGUUCCUUUACAGCUAGAUCCUGUUGGUGUUACAGAGACUUUGGAAAGUGGAGUAUUUGACUCAAAACCAAGUGUCCCAAAGAAGGGGGCAGACCCCAAGGAUGAAAAAUUGAGUGUCCCAAAGAAGGGAGCUGAUCCCAAAGAUGAAAAACAAAGUGUUCCUAAAAAGGGAGCAGAUCCCAAAGAUGAAAAACAAAGUGUUCCUAAGAAAGGAGCUGAUCCCAAAGAUGAAAAACCAAGUGUUCCUAAGAAGGAGGUAGAUCCUAAAGAUAAUGUGGAGUCACUACUAGGAAAAGGUGUGAUGAGAAAUGGAGAUGUUCAUGUGACAUCAACUGUCCCAAAGAAGGGAGUUGACCCAGAAGAUGAAAGAAAAUCAGUACCAAGAAAAGGUGCUGAUCCUUCUGUCUUGAGUGAAUCCAGCAGUACUGUGGGUUACUUAGGGGCUGAUGUUCCCAAAUCGGUUUCCCCUGGCAAAACGGGAGAAACUUUUAACAAAAACAGGACAGGUCCUAAUAUGCCUACCCCAAGUACAAAGAAAAAAUUUACGCCUUCAGUAAAUGAAGCUUCCAUGGAUUUUGGAGAGUCUUCUACAAAACCCUUUGUAACAAUGCCCACUAAUGCAACCUCUUUUGGGAGUGACACGUCUUCAGUCAAAUCCGAAGAAUUGGAACCUCCAACUGACGAUACCACUACCACAGAAGGGUAUUCUACCACAAAUUUUAAGCCAACUGCUGCUACAGACACAAAAGGUAAGGGAGGCUCCGAGGAUGAGGAAAACAUCUCUUACACUCCAGCAGUAGUAGGUGUAGUUUUGCUUGUUGUCAUUUUUGUAACUGUUAUUGUAGUUGGAUACCGAAGGCUUCAAGAUGUUUGGAUGCGAAGACACUAUGCACGCAUGGAUUUUCUAAUUGAUGGUAUGUAUGAUGUUUAAGUGAAACUAGAAGCUCACAGUUUUGAUGAAGGUGUUGAAAAGAAAUUACACAAAAAAUUUAUAUUGUUUUCUUAAGUAUUGUUAUUGAUUUUUAUUUUUUUAUUGUCAUAAUUCACAUUUGAAGUUUAUGAUUAUUUUAAAUUAAAGUGUACAUUAGUUACUGCUAGCCUGUCUAAGUGCACUGUACGAGAAUUUUUAGCUAUCAGCAAAAUGCUUUUAGUUGAAAUACCAUAAGAAAUGCCUUUUUUUUUUUUUUUUUUUUUUUUUUUUUUUUUAUUAAUAGUAGGCUUUAGUUCCUCUUAAUUUCUAUAUUGCUUAUAGUACUAAAUAUGCUGCUUGAGAAUAGAAAAAAGAAAAUGUGUGCUUUCUGGCUAGCUUACUUGAGCAGUUAAUUUGAUGAUGAUCCAAAACCUUUUUGUCAGAUCUGUAAGUUGUACUGAUGGUGAAGUAAUCCUGAAACCUAAUGUUGUCGAUGUUCGUGUUUUAUGAAGGUGGUGAUACUGCUUCAUGAUUUUCCCACUGUAGUAGUAUUACUGUUAUAGAUGAAUACUGAAAUUUUGUCAAUGAUUACUGAAAAUUUUGCGUUUAAUUUUGUUAGUUGAUUCAACUCUGUACAUUUGCAUAUAAGUUAUGCAGAUAGAAAUGCAACUUAGUCAUUGUGUCUUCCAGUUGUAAGUUUCUUACCAUUAUUGUUUCGUUAUCUUUUCUCUUGUUUUUUUAAUAAUAUUGUUAUAACAGUUUGUAAUGGUAAUGAAAAUUUAGGAGAUGAAGGUUGUCUAGUCAUCUGAAAAAUUCUUGCGGUAAUAUUGGUGCAAUACGUAUUUACCUUUAUCUGUGGCAUAUGAUGAAUUUGAAAACAUAAGAAAAAAUAAAACAUUUUUAAAACUAGUUGAGACAUGUAUAUUGCCUCAAAUAUUGAAAUACUGUAGAAGAAUAUUUUUUUUAUUAAUUUUACCAUUAUCACAAUUUGGAACAAAAGAAUUGAAUAUACUAUAGUAUAUAUAUAGAGGCAAGUGCACUAGUGCCCUAUUUGUAAAGAACAGUUUAUACUAUUGUUAGGCAGCAACCUGCAGGUGUUAAUGAACUUGUCCUAGUACUGAAAUUUUAUUAGUUGGCAAGUGUACUGUAGUAUAUUAAUGACAUAUCAGUUACUUUAUAAACAAAGCAUUGCAUGUGAUCAGUGGAGUUUACCUUUGGAGACUAACAUCUUCCUUUUGAGAAACUGUUUGUUGUGUUGAAUAUGUGCUCUUCAUGUUGAAGACCUAUUAGUUAGACAAAUCUCAAGAGUGGUUGUCCCUUAUCAGUCAACUAGUAGUUUUAUAUACAUAGUUAUAUUUAAGUAAUGAAUUGUAAAAUAUAUUGUUAGAAAUAGCAAUUGAACAGAAUAAAUUGUUGUGUCAAAAAGCGGCAAAAAAAUAUGAUAGUAAUUUCCACAAAUUUUUGUAAUUUAUAUUAGUACAUUCCCUAGUGAUUUCAAUACUGUUUGCCAGAGAUUUAAUUUUUUCUGGUGAUGCAUUUGGCUUUUAUUUUUGAGAGAUUUUUGUCAGGUAUGGUUUAUUAAGUGGUAUAAAAAUUAAUGGUUAUUGUAAAAAAAUCUUUUAAAAAUCAGUUUUAGCAGAAGGAUACGAUUGGAUUAACAUCUGUUACAUUCCUUUACUACCAGUUCCUUCAUUGUUUCAGGCUGAAGUCUUUUGGAGUACAAAAGUGGUAAUGGAAUAACUCAAUAAGUACUUUUUGUUACCAGUGAUAAAUGAUUGUGAACUAUAUUAUUACUUUAUUUCACAAAUAAUCUGAAUCUGACACUGUUAUUUAUAUAAUCUUUUUAUUUGUGUGUAGUAUUAGAUGUUAGGGUACAGAGGAGACUGUUGAAGACAAGUUACUCAACUUUUAUAUGGGUUGGAGACUGUUGAAGACAAGUUACUAACUUUUGUAUUGGUUGAAAAAAAGUAAUUUAGAUCGUUUAAAUACUGUACGCUUGAUAUCUCAAAAAUUUUAAGUUACAAUUUUUCCAAGUCGAUGAUUGCUACUUUUUGUUAUUUGUGCUGUGUAUUACAUUUUACGUCGACUUUCUCAUUCCAUUUUAAGGGUUAACCAGUUAUUUCAGCCAUCGUAGAUUUCAGUGCGCAGGACCAGUCUGCCUUUUUUUUUUU